GUUGUUUGGACACAGCUGACUGCUGUCUGGUAGAAGACAUAAGCCACACUAGACUAGCAGGACAGAUAUUUAACAGCCCACGGGGCAGGCGUACAGCUAGUGUAAACUGAGGAGGACGGUGGGCACCGGGCGGGACCGAGGCUUAAUCUUAGCAAUGCCAGGGCUCAGCCUCGCAGCGAGCUAACGCCUUAGCCCCGUCACAACCCACAGGGGCUGAACCCGAUGGCAACACCGAAGCGACGAUAGAGAGACAUCAACAGAGAGGAUUAGCUUAGUUUCAAUGUUAUUGCUAAUCAAACGCCACAAAUGCUCACAAUGUCCUGCUCUGGAAACCUGGUCUGGGAUGUAAAUAAACGACUGAUUGGAUACAGCGAGCCUAAUGCCAUCAGGACCAACUACUUAGGCAGAAGAGAGUUUGUCCAGAGGCUGAAACUGGAAGCAACGUUAAAUGUCCACGAUGGCUGCGUCAACACUAUAUCAUGGAACGACACAGGGGAGUAUAUCCUGUCGGGCUCAGACGACACCUUUCUGGUUAUUACCAACCCGUACAAUAAAAAGGUUAGGAAGUCUAUACGUUCAGGCCAUCGCGCCAACAUCUUCAGUGCGAAGUUCAUGCCCCACACCAACGAUCAGGAGAUCGUGUCCUGCUCCGGGGACGGCAUCAUCUACUACACGCACACCGAAAAGAGCGCCGAGUUCAACCGCCAGUGUCAGUUCACCUGCCAUUACGGAACCGCCUACGAGAUUAUGACUGUACCAAAUGACCCCUACACCUUUCUGUCGUGUGGGGAGGACGGCACGGUGCGGUGGUUCGACCUGCGCACCAAGACCAGCUGCACUAAAGAGGACUGCAAAGACGACAUCCUGAUUAACUGUCGAAGGGCAGCGACCUCCAUCUCCAUUUCUCCGCUGGUGCCCUACUACCUGGCCGUGGGCUGCUCCGACAGCUCCGUGCGAAUCUACGACAGACGCAUGCUGGGAACCAGAGCCACAGGUAACUACAUGGGCCGCGGGACGACGGGCAUGUGCGUCCGCUUCGUCCCCGCCCACCUGUCCAACAAGUCGUGCAGGGUGACGUCUCUGUGCUACAGCGAGGACGGCCAGGAGGUGCUGGUGAGCUACUCCUCCGAUUACAUCUACCUGUUCGACCCCAGAGACGACCAGGCCCGCGAGCUGAAGGGCCCGUCCGAGGAGCGGCGAGAGGAGCUGAGGCAGCCUCCGGUGAAGCGCCUCCGUCUGCGGGGUGACUGGUCCGACACCGGACCCAGAGCUCGCCCCGAGAGCGAGAGAGAGAGAGACGGCGAGCAGAGUCCAAACGUGUCUCUGAUGCAGCGGAUGUCGGACAUGUUGUCCCGCUGGUUUGAGGAGGCCAGCGAGGCUCAGGGCGGCAGGGGGGCCCGGCCUCAGACACGGCCCCGAGGCACCGCCGCGCGUCCGGAGGGGGCGUCCGACGCUCCGGCGGCGCCCGUCAGCCGGGAGGCCGGCGCUGCCGCGAGGCCCGCGGGGACGGACGCCGCAGAGGUACCUGAGAGCCCUGCCGCCGCUGCCGCCGCCCCCCUCCCUAAAUCCACUUCCUCUUCCUCCUCAGGGUCAUCGUCCACCGUCACUGCCCCCCCCCCCUCUAGCUCCUCCUCAGUGGAAAGCUCAGCCGCUUCCUCCUCCUCCCCGCUCACCUCGUCCCCCGACUCUGAGCAGAGGAGUCAGGAGGCCACGACCGGGACCCCCACGCCGACGGCGACGCCCACCUCGGAACCUGCGCUGUCAGAGUACGGCCCUCACCGGCUCCCCAUAAGCUUAGUGUGUAGGCGUUUGCAGAGGCUGCUCCGUCUGGCCGACCCCCCGGGACAGGGUCAGCGGGCGGCCCCCUCCUCUUCCUCUGAGGCCUCUGAGAGACAGUCGCAAAGAGCUGCUACCUCUGCUGCUGCUGAGACAGAUUCUCCCUCAUCUGUGGUAAACAAACAGCUGGGAUCCAUGACUCUUGACGAACAGCAGGGAGCAGCAGAGGCUGCAGGUCCACGUCCUGAGGAACCGGAACCAGAACCGGCACCAGUCAGCGCCAGUGCUCCCACCUCGUCCACCAGCACCACUGUGAGCGGCACCAGUCGACCCAGUGCCGCGGAGCCAGUACUCAGCUUGCACUACAGCUCAGAGGGAACCACAACAAGCACGAUCAAGCUGGACUUCACUGAUGAGUGGAGCAGCAGCACAUCCAGUUCUCUGGGCAGCGCAGGUCCAAAAGCGUCAGAGCCUGCGGCUGCACAAAGCAGAGAGAGUUUGUCACCACAGGGUUCAGUGUCAGAGCAAGGUCCCUCCGAGUCCUCAGGCCUGCAGAGUCUGCCGUCCGGCUCCGCUGAGCCUCCGUGCACCGCGUCCUGCUCAGGCGUGGCCGGCAGCUCUUCGACUCCGGCCCCAGCGGAGGCCUCCUCUGAGGGCGACAGCUCGGCCUCUUCGCCGCCAGAGAGGAACCCGAGGGACGGCGCGGAGGACACAUCCGGAGGCUGCCGGCGAGCGGAGCCCACGGCGGAGGAGGGACAGGAGGGGGAGGAGGUAAAGCCGCAGCCUGCACGAAGCAACCAGGACUCAGAUGAUAGCGAUGAUGAUCCCAUUCUCAUCCCAUCGACGAGGUUCCGAGGACAGGGACAGAGGUAUGAGAGGCCGGCUUACUUCAUCUUUAUGGAGUCAUGUUGCAUUGACUGUUUUAACUACAAAUCUGGAUUUGAUUCCAGAGGAUCUGCAGUAGGAGAUAGGAUGAUCAGACGCUCGGCAGCUGCUCGUAUCCAGGAGCUGUUUCGCAGGAGGAAGGAACGGAGGGAGAUGGAGGAGAGCGAGACGCAGAACAUCAGGAGACCGUCUGUGAAAAAGGUCUACAAAGGCCACCGCAACUCCAGGACAAUGAUAAAGGAGUCUUGUUUCUGGGGUAAAAACUUUGUGAUGAGCGGUUCCGACUGCGGCCACAUCUUCAUCUGGGACAGACACACCGCAGAGCACCUGAUGCUGCUGGAAGCCGACAACCACGUGGUCAACUGCCUGCAGCCGCACCCGUACGACCCCAUUCUGGCUUCUUCGGGGAUCGACUACGACAUCAAGAUCUGGUCACCACUCGAACAGGCGGCAUCGUUCGACCGGCUCCUCGCUGAUGAGGUUAUAACUCGAAAUGAGCUGAUGCUGGAAGAAACAAGAAACACGAUCACAGUCCCGGCCUCGUUCAUGCUCCGAAUGUUGGCUUCCCUUAAUCACAUCAGAUCAGAUCGACUAGAGGGCGAUCGCUCUGAAGGUUCAGGUCAAGAAAAUGAGGACGAGCAGUAGCCUGAUGGCAUUUUACUUUAAAGAAAACACUUUGAUUUUGCUAUAUAGCACUUGGGAAAAAACGUGAGAUUUGUACAAGUAUAGUGUAGAAAACUUACUUUUGAAAAUUAGUCUAAUUUCUACCCCCCGUGUUUUUUUAAGACGACUUUCUUACUGAUGUUUCUGUAUGAGGUAAAUCUACAUUUGUGUGAAUGCAAAGGAUUCAGUAUAUGUGAGUAUAUAUACAAAUAUAUAUAUAUAUAUAUACUGUGAGCUAAAUGACAGGAGGUGUGCAAGGUUGUUAAGUGCAAUAUUAUUUUGUUUUGAGAGAAAGGGUGGUCGGUGUUGAAGUGUGAUAUUUAGAGUUUGUAGCACAAAGUGUUGACGUGCUACUGUGUCAGUUUUGCAUGUAAACAAGAAAUUUAAAACAUACUUGGAAAAUGCUUUAAAUUUGUUGUUGGCAGGGAUUCUGCUCCCAAAUGUAUCAUGUCAGUGAUCGAAACCUUGACAAAAUUUGGGGAUAAUCCAAAUCUAGCUAAAUAGCGUCUCAGAUGUCUGCCCUUAAGCUAAAGGUGACCGAGCCACAUGCAAACAAACCGACUUAAAUAAAUUCAAGAACAAACAAA